AAAAAACCGCCUGCCAUGGACCAGUUACUAUUUCAGGGGCAGAUUGAGGCUUGCAGGGCGAAGACGGAGGAUGUGACUGGCCUUGAAAUUCUUAACUAUUCGAACUCGGCGAUUAGUACAGCCGAGAAACUAUCCGAACUAAGAACGACUGAUGCUUUCAUGAGCUUUUUGAAGCGUGAGACUCCUUUCGCGCCACGAGAAUUAGCAGAGGGUGUCAUUCUUCGGGAUGGGAUCAGGCUAAUACUCCAAACGAGAGCUAAGGAUGAUGAAGCAUUCGCUCCUGGGGUUAUAUCGCUUGAUAUACCAUCGUAUAAAGCCCUGAUAAGAGAGUUCCAGUUAUCCUUUCGUUGCAUCGACUCCUCCAGCGCGGUUGGGCCUUGUUUUUGGUGGGCACAUGUCGGAGAUAAUCUCGAGUUCAUAUUUCGAAAAUCCGACGUGGAAUGGAAAGGUACUUCAAGAGGCUGGGAAAUGGUACUGUCAUACUCUUUCGGCACUGGCAUAACGUCUGGCUACGUAAGGGGCAAAGGGGAAAAGGUCACAGAGAAGGGGAAAGAGCAGCUCAAGGAUCACAAAACCUUGAAGAAGGUCCUCGACGAUCUCUUUCUUUGUGGCAGGCCUGUCUCCCACCCCCUACUGCUGCCAAUUCUCACGUUGUGCCAGGAACUAUCAUCCAGCAAUGACAAGAAGCAGCGAGACCUGAGAGCAGAGCUUCGAAAGUUAGACCAUGCCUUGAUCGGUCGGUACACAGUGGCCCCUGCAGCGCACUACGCGAGCCCGGCAGACCAAGAACUAGACACACUCAGCCAUAAGAUCGCCGAUUGUCAGACUGAGGUGCUACAGAAAAGGUCCCAGGCGUGGCAGAAUGUCGUUGAUCACGUCAAGGAAGCGACAAAUCAUUUCUGGGACCACUUACCGGCCGAGAAGAAAAGCCCGGAACUCACAAAGCUACACAAGACGCUGCUAGAGAGGCUCAACUUCUUGACUGUGAAGCUUCAGGGUAUUGAGAAUUAUGCUCAUGUCACAUUGGAAAGACUAGGGAUUCUUCGGGAAGUGGUACACAAUAUUAUCAGUCAGAGAGAAUCGAGACUGAAUUUACAUAUUGCCAUUCAACAACAACGAUUGGCGUAUAGCAGCGGGCGCGACAGCGCAUCCAUGAAGACUUUGACAUUGCUCGGUUCAUUCUUCCUGCCGGGAGCCUUCAUAUCCUCUCUUUUCAGCAUGCCAUUCUUUGACUUCAGCAAGGAUUUGGAUGGACAUGUGUCGCGAAGCUUGUGGAUAUACUUCGUCUUGUCGACGCCUCUCACACUAGCAGUCUUUGGGUUUUGGCAGAUGUUCGACAAAAAGGCCCAAAAGAAACACUCUCUCCAUUCAGAUGACGACGAUGACGAAGCAAAGAUAUGGGCCAAAUUAGAAGCUCGGAUAAUGAGGAGGAUACGCGUCAGGACAGGGAUCCAGGUGGCAGAUACUUUUCCCGUGGGCCAAGCCACACCGGAGCGAGUUUGAAAGAUGGACAUGGGAUUUGACUAUGAAUGGGAAAGAUCAGGCAACAAGAGGCGAAAGACAAACGAUGAGAACUGCCAUUGCGAUGUGAGCCUUACAUGUGGAGCUCUUACUUAGGUAUGUUCGCCGCGGGAACUUCCGUGUGACACUGUGUGUAUCUCAAAGCCUGUCUACCUAGGUACCUGAUGCAAGAUCAUGACUCUAGAAUUA